UGAAGAAAUAGAACUGAUAUUAUAUAUUAAAAAACAAGUGUGCACCUAAUACGCCUCCGCUCAGUUUCAACAUAAAGUCUAACACUUGUGAAUCGGCGUCUCAGUAGCAUCCCGACGCCAGGAUAUAAACGAGCUCAGCAGUCAUGGCUAAACGUAACAAGGAUGUCGAAGCCGAAGUCCUCAACUGGAUCUUCGGUUGCCUGGGUGAACCAGUUCCCAAAGGAGAAUUCGAAGAUAUACUUAAAGAUGGCGUCGUAUUGUGCAACCUUAUGAACAAGCUUACACCUGGAUGUAUCAAGAAAAUCCAAUCCAAAGGGACCAACUUUCAGCUGAUGGAAAACAUCCAAAGGUUUCAAGCUGCUGCCAAAAAAUACGGUCUACCGGAAGAAGAAAUUUUCCAGACUGCUGAUCUCUUCGAAAGAAGGAAUAUCGCACAGGUUGCUAUUUCAUUGUUCUCCUUGGGUCGUAUCACCCAAAAACACCCAGAAUGGAAUGGCCCUACACUGGGACCUAAGAUGGCCGAAGAAAACAAGAGGACUUUUACCGAGGAACAACUCAGGGCGCACGAAGGACAACUCAACCUCCAAAUGGGCUUCAACAAGGGUGCUUCUCAAUCUGGACAUGGAGGUUUCGGAAACACUCGCCAUAUGUAAAAUUUUCUAGAGACCCAACUCCGAAGAGUGUUAGCAGUAUUUGGAAUCAAAUCAUAGAGAUCAUAACAAUCAGCAUGCUACCUAGCUCUUUCGAGUUUAAAUUAAUAUAUUCGGUGUAAAUGGGGUAUUUAUUUAUGUAUUGUUUUUGUAAUUAAAGUUUAAACGUAUGUAAAAAACUUUUUCUAAAAUAACUUUUUCUUAAUAUUAUUGUUAAUUUUUUCAAUAUACGUUUAGAUUCA